AUGGCCACAUUGCUAGUGAACUCCCUCAAGCGGUUCGUCUUAACGGAGCGCAGCACGACCGGUGCUGCACUACGGCUCGUCACAGCGGCCAAUCUGCACACGGGCAACGCGCUGGCCAAAAACUGGAACGGCAACAAUACCGGACCGCAACGAUGGCUCCAGUACAACAAAGUUAUCUACCCGCCCCAGCAACCGGACGAACAGCCGCGCCCCGCCUACGUCUGCCACCAGAAGACCAACCUGAAAUACAGCCCGAAAAAGAUGUGGUACGUUGCGUCGUUCGUGCGCGGCAUGUCGGUGGACGAAGCGGUAAAGCAGCUGUCCUUCAUCGACAAGAAGGGUGCCAGCUUCGUGAAGGAAGCGAUACUCGAGGCGGUCGAGAUGGCGGUGAAGCGGCAUAACGUCGAGUACCGGACGAAUCUGUGGGUAGCAGAAUCGUUCUGUGGCAAGGGGCGCGUGUUCAAGGGCUUGCGGCGCCAUGGCCGCGGCCGAACCGGCGAGGUCGAGUACAAACACUGCCAUUACUUCGUGCGGCUGGAGGAAGGAACGCCACCGGCACACUACUAUCAACCGGCACCGAAGACGGGCGAACAGCAGCUGGCCGAAUGGGAGGAAACGAUGCGAAAGCGAAAGGUGACCGGUUCAUUGUAAACGGUAGUGGAACGCGUAGUUAAU